AUGGUCGCUGACGAGACGCACCGAUCUGCGUCUGCCCGGGAAAGGCUUUCGUGGAAAAACGCCGAAAAGCAAAUUUUCGAUGUCAUCACCAAUCCGUGUGGUUCGCUCGACCACAUACAUUUCUACGGCCCGCGUAUAUCUGGCGUCAAUGAGUAUAUCGAAUUGGCAUUCAAGGCAAUCAAGGGAGGAUUGGUCAAAGAUGAACAAGGGCACACUGUCAAAGACGCGGUGAUUCUGAAGGUGAACUGUCUGUAUCUGGAGGGCAGCCUCAAGAAAUUCUUUGCCCUCUUGCAAAAGCAGUUGGGCCUGGCGACGCGAAAAGAAGAGUUUCACACCUUCGCCGAGUUGGCUGAUGCGCUCAAUUCGUUGCAUGCUGGCCCACAUGGACGGCGAAUUUACCUGGUGCUGCUUGAAGCGGAUGCGCUACAACUCUUUUCCCACAGCGAUCUGAAGCGUUUUUUCCGACUUCCACCAGAGGUAAACCACUUCUUUCGCAUCGUCUCCUCGGGAGAAUUGCAUUGGUCGAACGUUGCGAACACUGGCGAGUUGAUCUCUGACCCGAUCGUCAUUCCGGUUUACCCUCCAACGACAGAAGAAAUAUACACGCUGAUAGCCGAGGCCCUUUCGACGAUUCCGAAAACGUUCAUCCGGUUGUGUGUGGAAAUGUGCAGCCUGUAUUGCAUUGAAGUCAACAAAUUGCAACCCAAGGUCUAUGACGCUUGGGAAAACUAUAAAAGCGUCUGUGAGGAGAGGAACAUUCCGUACGAUGGCGGCAAAAUUGACUUGAAGCUCGCGAAAGAAUGUAUUCAACAAGUCCAAAAACAAGAGACGCUCCGACGACUUGUCGCCGAGGCCAAGAAGCUAACUCUGAAGACAAGCCCCUUACCGUUGGCCGCUCGAUAUGUCCUCCUAGCCUCGUUCUUUGCCAGUCAGAACGCGCCUGCGUCUGAUAGCCGAUACUUCUCAAAGCACCACGGGAAAGAAAAACGAAGCCACCAACGCGAGCGUCAUGCAGCAAUGCUUCGAGAGACCGCAGGACCUGAUAUACGGCAAUUCGAGUUGACCAGAGCAAAAAUGAUCUUCGUUUCUCUAAUCAACAUCUAUGCGCCGACAGACAAGGAUCUAUUAUUGAAGACUGAUGUACGGGUUCAGUUAUCUUCACUUCAAGCGCUCGGUCUGCUGCAAAGAACCAGCAACCUUUCCAAUUUGAGCCAGCCCAAGUUCAAAUGCGUACUGGACCACGAGACAGCAAAGACGAUCGCGGCCACGAUUAGCGAGAACUUGCAGAUUGGCGACCAUUUGGAGCAGAAUUCUUUGCCAAAAAUGAGCGAGGCCGAGGUGACGCUCAGCGAGAAGGCUAUGAUCGAAAAAGAGUGGGGGCUACCCCUUGAAGAGCUGUACAAAAAGGCUGUAAAAUACUAUAAAGAAUCCGAGGGCAAUGGGAACCUGGUUGUCGCUUACGAGGACCGACUUCAAUUUAUGGCUUACAGCAAACAGGUGAAACUCGGCCCGUACCAAGACAGUCACAACGACGCCGGAUGGUUCGAUUUUACUGGAUCGGAUAGAAUCAAAGCCUGGCAGGCGCUGGGACAGCUGGGCCGUGACGAGGCGAUGUCCGGUUUCGUCUUCCUGCUUGAUCGAGUCUGCCCGCCAUUCAAGCAAUUCGUCGUCGACUCGAUUGAGGCGCCAAAGCCGCGGACCGACGAAUCCGAGCUGCGCGUCCUGAACGGGCACAAAAUCGGGCAGCCCGGCACCCACCACGAGCAUCCCGUCGAUUUCCAGGUCUACGAGGCACAGAGGAAGCAAAUCCAAGAAGCGCUCAACGCCCAAACCUACCACCAAUUCCUCGCCUACGCCCAGCAGCAAAUCCCCGGCAACCCGGAGCAGGUAGAUUUUUGGGACGCGUUGGCUGUUUUUGCGUGUGAGUCGUGUGGGCUGAACGCUUCGGCCGUUUCUAGAACAGGC